AUGACGCAACCCUGCUAUGAGGCAACGCUGCUAUUCCUCACCCUGGAGAGUAUUCAAAAGGAACACACCUCCGUGUUGCAAAAAAAAAAAACGGACGUGUACAUAACGUCAGGGAAGCCAAUCAAAAUUUACUAUGACAGAAUAAUUAAGCUUCUUAAUAGUGGCAACAGACAAGUCGACCUGGUCAUAGAUGGAGACAACAGGCAGGCAAACAAUCCAUACAGGCAAUCCGAGGAGGACCAAGUUGUCUCCAUUUAUGCCGUUGGGACAAACAUCCUCAGAGCAUCGUACGUCCUGCAGGAUGUUAUUAACUUUUACUGCUCUUUUAUAAGGAAGGUACAGCAGGUGGCGAGGAAGGAUAAAAUGGCAAAGCCCGUGGAUGUUUUUUCUCUUAUCAACGUUGAAGUUGGAAGCAAAACGCUACAUAUGAAUGAUACCGUGAUAUCGAACACGUACACGGUGAAGGAGGAGUUUCUGCAGGACGACUACGAUGCUGUGAUAGCCUUUGCGAGGCAGCCUUACGACCCCGUUUUGCACAAGUACAAGGAGAGGACAAAGGAGCGAAGAGUUACCGGAGUCGUCAUCUUGAUAAAGAAGAAUCCCACCAUGUUGUAG